UGAAAUAUUUAAUUACCUGCUUGACUCUUAAUACAUUUUUAUCCUUUAUAGUUGCUGACUUGACUAGCCGGCGCGGAUUCUCCUGCGCCCAAGUAAGCCGACCGAUUGCUCAUUUGAAAAAUAUUCAGAGAGCUACGUAUUAGGUACUUGGCGCUGUAGAAAUUUCCGGCAACAUUUCACGCGCUCAUAUGGCUUGUACAUGAAAGAAGAAGAAGAAAAAAAAGACACACUGUAUCAUCGAGUGCCAUGUGUUAACGAAAUCAUUGACUCGGAGUAGUCGCGGAAUUGUCAUUAAAGUCACAUGUGUCGAAUGCGUAAGACGGUAGAGGAAGGUGACGGCGGAGGAGGAUUUGAAAAUACGAGACUGGAGGAUGACUCGUGAGGAAGAAGGGAGGACGAUGGAGCCAAGCGUAAAAGAGAAUGGGCUAGAAGUAGAGGAAGACGAUGGAACGUAGGAGGUGAUUCUGGACGAAGAACGAGAUGCGUGGGGAUGCCUGGCAAUAGAUGUGACUCGGUUAUCUUGUAAAAGAAACUCUUCACUUUCAGUAGGAGCGAUUCGGCCGUUCGAACGGACAUGAUCGUGUCUGUAAACUUUUAUUAGAUCGAUCGGAUCCCCAUCAGGAUCAUUUAUCUCCGGUAUCGAUAGUGUCCUCAAUAUAUAUACAGGACGCUAUAGGAAGCGGCCAUAUCCGGCGGAUUUGAAUCCGGUGGCGACAAUCGAAAAUACGAGUAGCGAGGAGAGAAAAAUGAUUUGAGUGAAAGGGAACAAAAGCAUGCGAGGAGAAUACGUGAAGCAGCCAUGGAAAAAGCUGCGUUGCGCCACUCCAACCACCCUCCUACGACCCCUAAUAAUUCUUGGCAUCGGUUUACUUUUAUUCACGAGAUCUAAUGGCGUCGGAGCAGACAUCGCUUUGAGGGAUAUGGGGGUAGGAAUUAUAGAUCUAUUGGAGGGUACUGGUAUUGAUAGGGCAGUGUCAGGUGUUACCGUGGGAAGAGGACGUUGCGAAAAAAACAGCUCGGCUGCUUACGAAUUAGACCAAUCGGCAUUGCUUACGGUAAACACAGCUACUUUGUUCCCAACUGGAUUCCCGAAGGAUUUUUCGAUUCUGGUGGUCGUUAGGCCAAUUUCCGGAAACCCAACGUCCACCCUGUUCGCCAUAUACAGUGAUAACGGCGAGGAACAGCUGGUUAUAUCGUUGGGCAAUGACGUCACCAUGUUGUACAGUACCAGCAACGAGAAUGAAGACGAUGCGAAUGUUAUGUCAUUCGGAAUUGACAUAUCCGAUGGGAAUUGGCACCGUUUGGGUUUUAGCGUAAAGGGCGAUUCCGUGACUUUGAUUGCCGAUUGUAACAACCAGAUGACGCGAGAAUUACGUCGUAAUCAAUUGACAUCGAUUAGCACGAGUGGAAUCGUCAUUAUCGGUCAACAACUUGUGGACGGGAAUAUAUUUUUGGGAGGAUUGGAAUUGUUGAGGAUAGCACCGAAUCCCGAUGCGGCUUUUGAAAUUUGUAACGUAUUCGCGGCUGAUUGUCAAAAUGACGUAGGCCGGGCUGAAGUCGUAUCCCAUCAUUCGAGUGAAAUACUGACCGGCGGUUCUGCUGGGAGUCAUUAUGGUUCCUCGUCUAUGACCUCAUCUUCGUCUCAUUAUUAUGAAACAUCAGCCAGGAGCGACUUAGGGUACACUGGGAGCAGUCAGACUUCCGGGUUGGCGGAGGGCGGACCUGCCUAUGGUGGACUCUCGUCUGGACUUGCUGGACGAUCAGUAGAGGCAGGUUCCGGCGUAGAUGGUCAGCGAAAUUCGAAUUUGAACCGGACUGCAUCGGGAAUUGGUGGCUGGAAUGAUUUUGGGCCUAUCGAAGUGACUGUUGAAGAAGAUUACGAAGAUGGGGAUGAGAAAGAGGAGGAUAAAGAUAAGGAGGGACAGAUAGAUGCUGAAAACAAUACUGAUGAGGAGGACCUUUACUCACCCUUAGGACCCGAAAAUUUUACUUCUGGAAUUUUGCCUGCGGAGAAUCGGAGACCUAAUUUUACAGAAUUGCCCACGACAGAAAGAUACGCAACUGAGAGUUCUUACAGAGAAAGUUAUAGGCCGAUCGACAGAUCCUAUGAUACCCCAAGUUAUCCAGGAUCUUAUGGGUCUUAUAACUACGGGUAUUAUAACGUACGUGGUCAUCCGGGUCCACGAGGGUAUCCUGGUCCCCCGGGUGAUCCUGGACCCCCAGGAAAAAAGGGAGAGCCUGGUAGAGAUGGGUUAGGGGGUGUGCAAGGAGCUCCAGGACCUCCAGGUCAUGUGUUCAUGCUGCCUUUAAAUCAACAAGGCAAUGAGAAAGGGCCUGAUUCGCAAGCUGAGGCCUUCAGGCAGAUGUUAUCGCAGCAUAUGUUGGCUAUGAGAGGGACUGAGGGUCCGAUGGGUCUUACUGGUAUACCAGGUCCGGAAGGACCUUCCGGUGCUCAAGGUCAGAAAGGUGAACCUGGGGAUAUUGGUGAGCCUGGAUUAAGAGGGGAGCGAGGGAGUCCUGGUAAUGUGGGAAGAGAAGGCAGACGAGGUCGACCGGGAAGGGAUGGCGAUCGUGGUCUUACGGGUCCUCCAGGAAUGAAAGGGGAGCAGGGCUUGCAAGGAUUGCCAGGAUUGCCGGGUGAUAAGGGUGAAAGGGGUGCACUGGGGGCCACUGGAGAACAAGGUUUACCUGGGCACGAAGGGAUGCAGGGUGAGGAUGGUCCACCCGGACUGCCAGGGUUGCCUGGUGAAUUGGGACCCAGAGGAUUUAUAGGACCACGAGGUUUCCCAGGAUUACCAGGCAAUCCUGGAAUUCCUGGAAGCGAAGGACCACCUGGAUCCAAGGGUAAUACAGGUCCGCCAGGUUCUCCUGGUCCACCAGGUCAAGCGGGUCCAAUGGGAGCUGUGGGUCCGCCAGGACCUCAAGGUCUUCUAGGACCUACUGGUUUAGUCGGACCUCAAGGAAAGCCUGGAAUACCUGGUCUUUCGGGGGCUGAUGGUUCUCCAGGACAUCCUGGUAAUCCAGGUGUUCCAGGAAUGAAGGGUGAGCAAGGUCCUCAAGGUCCUCAAGGUUCAUUGGGGUUCCCGGGUGUCCGGGGUGUUAAGGGCGAUGAAGGGAAACGGGGUAUGACUGGUGAUCGUGGCGAGAAGGGAGACAGAGGUCUGGAGGGUGACAAAGGAGACAUGGGCUCAAAAGGUGAAGCGGGACAGCCCGGACCUCAAGGAAUACCUGGUCUCGAAGGUUUGGAAGGUCCUAAGGGUUUCGAAGGUCCUAGAGGAGAAACUGGACCGACUGGGCCUCCUGGUGAAAAGGGAAAGCUCGGAGUGCCAGGUUUUGCUGGAUAUCCUGGAGCCCCAGGAGAGAAGGGAGAGAAAGGUCAACCGGGUCGAACUGGAUCUACCGGUGACAAGGGUGAACGCGGAAAUACUGGAAUGCAAGGCGAACGUGGUGAAAUGGGACCCAGGGGAUUUAGAGGUGCACGUGGGCGACGUGGCUCCGAAGGAUUUCCUGGACCAAAAGGUGACACGGGGCAACCAGGUCCUCCAGGAGCUCAGGGUGAACAAGGACCACCAGGAAUGGAAGGUCCUCGCGGUUUCAUAGGACCCACUGGUGCGCAGGGUCUCAAUGGAAAAGAUGGGCUGCCCGGUCCUCCUGGAGAACGUGGACCCGCAGGAGAAUCCGGUCCCCCAGGACCUCCAGGUGCUCCUGGCGUACUUGGUCCUCAUGGUCCUCCCGGUGAACCCGGGCAACCGGGAGAGCCAGGGAUUCCGGGUAAUCCGGGAAUUCCAGGGGAGUCUGGACCGGCGGGAGAUCAUGGGAAGGAAGGUCCACCGGGACCACCAGGAUUACCGGGAAAGGAUGGGCCCCAAGGACCUGGAGGACUGCCUGGUUUCCCAGGAGAAAGAGGAAUGAAUGGGUUGCCGGGUAUGCCAGGCUUGAAGGGAGAAAUGGGCCCAGUGGGGCCUCCGGGAGCGACCGGUGAUAAAGGAGCUCAAGGAGAACCUGGCAAAGAUGGACCUCCUGGUCCUGAAGGACGUCAAGGGCAGAAAGGACCUCCAGGACCCGUAGGACUUAAGGGCGAAAGGGGUGAAGCGGGAAUGCCAGGACCUAUUGGACGAGAUGGGUUACCAGGACUACGUGGAUUACCCGGACCCCCGGGACCCGUCGGUGUUCCUGGGGAGGAUGGUGACAAAGGAGACAUGGGUCCUCCUGGUGAAAAGGGUUUUAAGGGAUCUCAAGGAGAGUUCGGACCCUCAGGACCUCCUGGCAUACAAGGUCCGAGAGGGGAACCAGGACCAAUGGGACCGCCGGGGGAGAAAGGUCCACCCGGGGAGAUUGGAAGACAGGGAACCAAAGGCGAAGAUGGGCCCACUGGAGUACCAGGACCUGCAGGCCCUAUUGGGCCUCAAGGUAUUCCAGGACCUCCUGGAAUAAAGGGUGAAGUUGGUGAUUCGGGAGUAACAGGUCCUCCGGGUCCUGCCGGAAGUCCUGGUGAGCAGGGUCCAAGAGGACCUAAGGGAGUAGAAGGUCUGCAAGGACCACCUGGAUUGGAAGGACGACAAGGAGAGAAGGGUGAAGCAGGAAAUCCUGGUCCACCUGGUAUUGGUGGUACUGAUGGCAAGCCGGGUGAACGUGGUCCGCCAGGUCCCAAGGGAGAAGAAGGUAAAGCAGGGCCUGCUGGUCCCCCAGGAAGUCGAGGAAUCGGAGGUCCGGAAGGUCCUAAGGGUCAUGCAGGUCCACCUGGAUUUCCUGGACCUCCAGGAGAGCCUGGGUUUAUGGGUCCAAAAGGAGAACCCGGAAAAGAUGGUGAUGAGGGUAAAACGGGAGAUACCGGCAUGCCUGGAGAAAUCGGACCACCGGGAAAAGAAGGAAUGCCGGGUCCACCAGGAAAACCAGGUCCAGAGGGUCCAGCAGGAAUGCAAGGAAACACGGGUCUUCCUGGUGAAAAAGGCGACGUAGGCCCAAUCGGUGCACCGGGUCUUCAAGGUCGUCUAGGUCCCCAAGGUGAACCUGGCCCACAAGGAAUGCCAGGAAUGCGAGGAAUGCCCGGAGCAGCAGGAGAAAACGGACCACCAGGAUUAUCCGGGGCUCCAGGUACACCGGGAAAAAGUGGGCCCGCUGGACCAAAGGGUCAAAAAGGUGACAGAGGUCGAAGAGGUAUCAAGGGUCAUCGUGGUGAAUUAGGUCAAAGUGGUAUAAAAGGCGACCAAGGUGAGAAGGGCGAAAAGGGCAUGCGGGGACCAAUAGGACCAGAAGGUCCCAAAGGCAGUCCUGGGUCUCAAGGACCACCGGGUCCGAAAGGGAACGACGGACCUCAAGGUUUACCAGGAAUGGACGGUCCACUAGGACCCAAGGGCAUGACAGGCGGUGACGGAACGAAAGGUGAUAUGGGUCCACCAGGUCCACCGGGUCCACCAGGUCCUCCAGCCGAGCAAUCAAUGAUCCCACCCGAGCUCUUGUUCGCCAGAGAACAAAUGGGUAGAAGAAAGCGGGACCUUACUGGUGAUUUGACCAAUGAAGAUCUCAAUGACAGUUAUUUCACAAAGGAGAAAAACAAGGCCCGCAUAGAAGAAGAAUUGGGUCCGAAAUUCUUGGAUAUGUACGGCUCCAUAUACAGUAUGAGACAAGAAUUGGACCGGAUGCGUAAACCCACAGGCACUAGAGAGAACCCAGUAAGGACGUGCAAGGAUCUUUUCUAUGGUCAUCCCCACUUCAAUGACGGCUGGUACUGGAUCGAUCCAAAUUUGGGAAUGCCGGACGACGCCAUAUACGUUUACUGCAAUAUAACAGGUUUUGGUGAGACUUGCGUGUUCCCGGAUAUUCACAGUAGUCAAAUGCCGAACAUACCCUGGAGAAAGGAGGGCGAGAAGACCGAUUGGUAUUCUAAUCUACGUGGUGGCUUCCGAAUAACAUACGAAAGUAUAGGAGUGGUCCAGAUGACAUUCCUCAGACUCCUCAGUCAGGAUGCUCAUCAAAAUUUCACGUAUACCUGCAUCAACAGUGCCGCCUGGUACAGUGUUCCUGGAUACAACCAUAAUUUAUCGUUACGACUGUUAGGUGAAAAUAAUGAUGAAUUCUCCUACAAUGGUACCAGACCCAACAUCAUUGCCGACGGCUGCAAGACACGCAAAUCCAAAAGCGAAACGAUCUUCGUGGUGCAGACGAAGAAGCUUCAGCAGCUUCCACUAGUAGAUUUUUAUCCGGUCGAUUAUGGUUUGCCGCAUCAAGCAUUUGGUUUUUCGGUCGGUCCGGUGUGUUUCAAAUGAUUUAAAAAGAUUUUUCUUAAUUUUAUUAAUUCGGUGAAUUUGAAACACUAAAUUGUUGCUGUUUGACGUAACGUGGAAGUAUAGUAGCAUAAGAGCCAUGCUAAUAUUCACUCCCAGUCAAUUACGCUUUACACGUUUCGUAGAUACACUGUUAGAUUUUCACAGAAUCGACAACAUUUUUUUUUUUACAACAAUCAAUGUAGUUUCGAAGUUGAGAUUUUAGUGAAUAUCACGUACUUAUUCUUCACUGCCUAUAUGGAGGCCUCUUUAACGGCGCCACGUCGAAAAAGUGCAUCGUGCAUUUAAUUAGAGCGUAAGAGGUGCAAUUUAGCAUAAGAGUGGCAUAAACGCAUGUAAUUUACCGUGAAAGUCUUAAUUAUAUAUUUAUCCUUAUUUCUAGUAUUGUAGUCGAUCGUACAGUCACUUAUGACUUACGUGUAUUAACAUGCUGUACAGUACAGGCCAGGUUUUUCUUUUUCAUAAAUUUAUAAUAUAAGAAAAUACCGUUACAUACA